GAAAAUUUUGCAGCAGGACUUCCUUUCGUGUUCCCCCCUAUGGACAGCGCUAAGUUCGCAGCCAGCUCGCACUAUUUGCAGUAUGAUAUUAGUUGGGCCAGCAUUACUUUGCUGUACUAUGACUGGUUGUUAACUUUGCCAGAGGAAGUCAGCUGUAUUCUCCUUCGGAUGGUUAUAAUAUAUGCUCACCACAGUACAGAUAAAAUACGUGUGGAAAGCAAAACUGUCACGAAUGACCAUAUACUAUAUAUUUUGUCGAUAUGCACUCCUGGCGAAUGUGUUGUACCUUCUAGCCGUUUCGAAUUUACUUGGAUCCAGUCUUUCGGUGACUUGUGACAACUGGAUGAAAUUCGUUGCUGCGCUCAGUGUCUUUGGUAGAGCUGCUAUAAUUGUAACGCUCAUUUCCCGAAC